AUGCAAGGGAGAGCCCACCCAGGUGUGCUGGAUGUAAGAUUUGUAGAGAAACCCCCUGCAGAAAAGUGAUGCCUUCUCUCCUGGGAGCAGAAAAACAACUGUGCUUUGCCGGAAGAUCUGAGAGAUUUCUAUCUCACAACAGAUGGCUUCAUGCUUGCCUGGAACACCAAGCUGGAAAAUGAAGUGGUUCCAGUGGGUUGCAUGAUGAUCAGAAGUGUAGUUCAGUUGCGCCCCCUGAUUCAGUCAAAUGUAUAUUCCCUCCCCAAUGCACCUACUUUAGCUGAUCUUGACUUCGAUUAUGACUUAUAGGAAUCGGAUGGCCCUGAAAAACCUAAUUUUGAUUCUUGUAGCCACAUCUUUGAGCUGGACCUCUGCAAUGGUAAUGGCAAAGUUUGCCUUGUUUACAAGAAUUGCACUUCAGGUUUAAUGGCCCAGCAGUGUGAGGUGUGGUUCUUGGACCGAUCACUUUUCUGGCACUAUCUCUCCCCCUCCUUCACUGCCUACUACCGGCUUAUGAUCACUCAUCUGGGGCCGGAGUGGCAGUAUAAUUUCACUCCGUAUGGCCCCAGCCCACAAGUUAAGCAAUGGGCCGCCCUCUACCAACCCCUGACGUUCCAUGGUGACUCUCAUUCUGAUACGGCCGGUGAACCUCUACUGAACAAACUGGACCCAGCCAUAGCGUUUCGUGGCAAGGCCAAGCCACCCACUCCCAAGAAGAAGCAAGCAGCACAGGUCCCAGUGAGCGGCGGGAGCACAGCAAAAGCUCAGGGAGUCUCAGGGAAACACAGUGUGACUAAACGAUGA